AUGAGAUGGUCUGAAAGCAGUGAGCAAUCCAGUAGGAACUUCAUAGAUACAGAAAACAAAUUAGUGGGGGGUAAAGACUAAUACAGACCAGGAAGGCCUGAUAAUUAUUCAUUUCUUGUUUGCCUGCUAAUUUUGUGAUAGCAUGCUAUGUUUUCCUGAAGGGCAUCACAGAACCACAGUCAGCUCUCCAACAAGCCAUGCCACAGUACUGGAAAGGAGUGGGACUAAUUAAAAUGAACAUUUAUGAGCAGCUCCUUUUAGUGUUAAAAAUGCAAGAGACAUUUAUUUUUGUCUUGCAAAUGUGGUUCCCAGUAUUUUCAGUCACAUACCCAAUCAUUUGGCCUAAGAAGCUUGAGGGGAGGUGGGAAAAGGAAAUAGGGCUGUUAUUAAGCCCAAAACACAGAGAUAGAUAGCUAAUGUACAAAAAUACAUUUUGUAUUUACUCUAUGCACGUAACUGAACUUUGAGCAUUGGCUCUCAAUUCACAUUUAGCUUUGAAACUUGCUGUUUCUAUAUUAGACGUGCCCAAGUUUUCAUAACUCAGUGUAACGAGACAAUUUCUGUAGAGAGGUAACAUUUGAUGCAGCUGAGAAAAUAAAGCGACCUCCUUUAGAGUAGAAUGAGCCUCAGAUGAAAAUACAUUUUUAAAAAACACUGGUCAAUUAUUAGCUGAGUUGUGUGAGCAUUAGCACUCUUUCCAAAGUAACCUUUGGCUGAUGGACCCGUCCCCUUUGACACUCAAGCCUGAAGACACCUCCUCUACCAACCAAUCCUGAGCUCUGGGGACCGUGUUGUCUGUGGUUUGCUUACAGAAAGAGCACUGUGCAAACUCAAACAUCUUCAAAAGUUUCGUAGUAGCUGGUGGACCAUGGAGCUUCUUGUGAACGUCAGACAAUGGAUAGAAGAAAACAAGGCAGCCUUUUUACCACCUGUGUGCAACAAGCUUAUGCAUCGAUAUCAACUGAAUGUGAUGUUUGUUGGAGGGCCUAACGAAAGAAAGGAUUAUCAUAUUGAAGAAGGAGAGGAGCUUUUUUACCAAGUGAAAGGUGACAUGUGUUUGAAGAUAAUUGAAAAUAAGAAGCAUAAAGACAUUGUCAUCAGAGAAGGGGAGAUGUUUCUCCUACCUGCCAGGAUACCUCAUUCUCCUCAAAGAUAUGCAGACACUGUAGGUCUUGUAAUUGAGAGGCAAAGACAAAAGACAGAAAUGGAUGGGCUCAGAUACUAUGUGGGAACAUCAACUAAUGUCCUCUUUGAAAAAUGGUUUCACUGUGAAGAUCUUGGCACUCAACUUGCACCAAUAAUUCAAGAGUUUUUCAAUUCCAGGCAAUAUAAAACUGGAAAACCAAAUCCAGAUGAGCUCCUGAAAGAAACACCCUUCCCUCUAAAUUGUUCUUCUGUAAUGGAGCCAUUCUCCUUCCAAGGCUGGUUGAAUGAUCAUCGGGGAGAAAUAAAUCAGAAGCAAUCCUUGAGAAUGUUUGGAGAUACUUUUGAAACAGAGGUUAUAGUUUAUGGAUCAGGAACAACUGAAAAAAGCAAAAAGAAUUCAGAUAUCUGGAUAUGGCAGCUGGAGGGUGCAUCUACUGUUACCGUGGAUGGCAAAACUCUGACUCUAGCUGCUGGUGAUAGCCUACUUGUCCGUGCCCAGUGUUUGUACUGCUGGAAGAGGUCUGAGGAAUGCGUUGCUCUUUAUAUUGCUCAGGAUCCAAAACGCAAGCAGCCUUAUAACUAGUUUCUAUAACACUUGACGUUGAAGAUAAAGAAGUUUUAACCCACUUGUCUCAUCUUAAUCAUCUUUUAGUCAGAAUGCAUGGAAAUAUGAACAACCUAACACAAUGGUUGCACUGGAAUUAAGUGUAAUCAAGUGCUGUGCCUUAUAAUAACUUCUUUUUCCCCAAGUAGGUAAAAAUUUAGCAAAAUCUUCAACCAGUAAUUAUGUUAAAAACAAACAAAGCCAUACUUCUUACAUGAAAGCAACUGAAAACAGAUCCAAGUAACGGGAUUAGAUAUACAGUAAUAUAAAUGAUACUAUCUAGAAUAAAUUAAAAGUUUUUCAAGUGCAAGUCUCGCUGUGCCUGCUUACUACUCUUCCUUAAAAAGAUAACACUCUUUUUAUCUCCUUGCCUCAGUUUUGCCAUUUGUGACAAACUGGGUAUGUUAGCCCUCAGAGCACAAAGCUUUUGUUUGUGAUAAGUUAUAGAUCUUCUGAGAGCUUUGGAUAAAAAUACCUUUAAAAAAAAAAAUAA